AUGCCACUGACGCCUCUUCUCAUUUCGUCCUUAUCCAUGCUUCCUGCUCAUGGGCUCUCUUGUGACCGGCCAUCAGUGAUCAGUGCACACCUACCACCAUCAUACCACCCCCUCGGUCUUGUCUCAUCAGUCCAGCUUCUCUCCUCCGCAUCUCCCCUUCUCCGCCCCGCCCCCAUUCGCCCUUCUAUUGCAGGGACUCUCAACAUACAUACGCAGCAUGCUAUCCACGCAGGUACAUUCACAUGGGUGGCAUUUUUCUUCCUCCACCUCUAUUCCUCCCUUCCUUCUUUCGUCUCCGCCUCUCCGCCUCUCUGCCUCACUGCUCUCUUCUUUAGCCUCACUCCGGCUGGGAGUGGGUCGGGCAUCCGCCUCAGCCAUCAGUGCCACGUUCCAGGGAUGCUUCUGGAUCUGCUCUCACCCCUCGUGCCCUCCGCCUUCCUUCCACUGCUCUGCCUCGGGAGCAUCUCCCGAGCCAUAACCGGCACGGCCAGUGGGGCCACCAGAGCGGCACUUACACAACACUUUGCUAAAAGGCAGAACGCUGCAGACAUCUCCGCCAAGGAGGGCAGUCAGGAGACGGCAGCAACGAUGGCAGGCAUGCUGGCGGGGAUGGUGGUGGGGCAGCUGGUGGCGGGCAAUGUGGUGCUGCUGUGGGCUGUCUUCCUCUCCCUCACUGCUUUCCACGUCUACGCCAACUACCGCGCCGUGAAGAGCCUGUGCCUCACGAGCCUCAACCGAGAGAGGGUGGCACUGUUGCUGCUGGCGUACCGGGGCGAGCAGAAGCAAGUCCUCUCCCCAACUGCUGUCUCUCUACAGGAGCGCCUCAUUCCCUCUCUGCCUCAGGGCAGCCACGGCAGGGCGCACAUGCUCAUGGGGCAUGUGCACUUGGGAGCUCGCUUGAGUGACUUGCACGGCAAGAAACUGUAUUCCCCGUUCCCCACUCCUCUCCCCAUUCCCACCACCCGCUGUCUGCUUUACUUCCUGCCCUGUCGGGCCUCCCCGUCUGCUCGUCGCCCCCUCGCUAGAGACCUUGCCGUGCGGCAGGCCAUCAGACGCUAUGCCAAAGUCGACUCAAAAGCAGCCGUGGGCUCCACGCUCUCCCUCCUCUCAACGCACAUUCAACCGAUGCUUUCCUGCUUUCUUGUCCGCAUCUCCUUCGAGUUCCAGCCGGCUCUAAUGGCCUCUGCGAUUCUGAAGCUGUCUCACCCCUUCAAUUCCCGACACCACACUCUGCUCUGA